CAAAUAGUUCGAAGUUAAGAACUGUUUUAUUUUUUAUCCAACAAAUUAGAGUGAAUUGUGCUUUAAAUCAUGAAAAUUAUUUGUAUUAUUUCCAUUUUAUUUUAUUCUUUGAAUUGGGUUCAACCUCUUGACAUUCCUGUCAUUACCCAGAUUCAGGAUAUCAUAGGACUUGCUCAUGACAUUGGUGAUAUACUAUCUGGAAAUAUUCCACUUCAAAAUUUAUUUACCACUCAAUCGGAUCCAAUGGCCAAAGUAAUGAAAAAAUUAGAUGAUAUUACUGAGAAAAUAGAAAACCUGGAUGUGAAGUUAGAUGACUUAUUGGCUUCAAUUAUCGCUCGACUUCCAUUGGAAGAUAACAUUAACACUGAUAUACGUAAUCUUCAAGAGUACAUUUCUCGAAUUGACGAUAUAUAUAGUUACUUCUUGGCAUAUACCAGGAAUAUAUCAAAUUUCAGCAAUGAUACACUCACAGAAUUUGCCACUAUUGUUACAUCUGCGAAGUCUAAUAACCUUCCAGACAUCCUCAACAAGAUUUUUAACAUCAUUGUGCCUAAAAAGACCGCACUCAAUCGGAUGAGCUUUUUGGAGAAUAUGGCACAAAGAAGAAAGAUAAUGAAUCUUUUGGAGAUGUGUAAUCCUCAAAUUUCGUAUCAAAAUCGGCUGUUACAGAUUUACAAUUUGAUAUCAAUCACUGAAAUGAAAGCUUUCUUGAUGACUUCGUUUGCUUAUAGAUUGAAAAAUGAAUUAAAAAGAGUUAAAUCAAAAGGGGAAAUUGACCGGGCUCGGAAUAGUUUUAUUGUGAGAUUGGAUAAAUACUUGAUAGAGUUCAAGAAGAACAUGCUGCCAGCUUCAAGAGAAAUUUUUCUUUGUGAUCCUGAAUCACUUACCGAUCAAGAAACUUAUGUAGAGCUAGAGGGGCUCUUUAAUGCUUACGUCAUGAAUGAAUAUGAAGUAAGUAUGAAUCCUUGUUCUACAACCUGUUCUCAAAUCUGGACAUGGACGCAUCACCGUUGUUAUAAACUCCAUUAUCAAAAUUAUUGCCCUAAACAUCCUUGCAAAGGACUGAUCCGUGACUGCGGUUGGAUUGGUGGUGAUGUAGACAUCUGCGAAUACAAAGCAGAUUUCAUAAAACGUUACAAUUAUUUACGAUCAUAUUCUAACGGAUGGUAUGGAGAAUGGAGUAAAUGUCAUUCUGAAAACAUGACUUACCAACAAGUAAAAAGUGAGCUGUACCAUUGGUACUCAUGCGACAUGUGUAUAUGUAGAUGUGAGGAAUCUUACGGUUCAUCUAGAGCCAUUAGAACCUUUAGUUUACGUCCCCAAAUAUCCAACAUUGACGAAAACAAAGUUGUAUCAGACGUUAAAUUUACCAUGAAAGAUAAAAUGAUUCACAUCCAGAUUGAAGAAACACCACUGCUGCCUCUUGGUCAGUUAGCCAAGAAUGAGUCGUCUUGGGUACCUUUAGAAGAUUUUAUAUAUUUAUCCAAUAUCACUGGUGGAGGCUGGGUCCAAAUAAAAGACGGCAAAUAUAUCCCUAUGAUACGAGACACAGAUUUUGCAUUUAUUAGAAGAGAUCAAAGAGUAUUGAAUCUCGAUGAAAUAUCAGGUGGACCAAAUUUCGUUCUGACAGGUGUUAGGUUGCGUCAUGAAUCAGAAAAAUAUAGUGAUGAUGCAUCAGCAGGCAAUAUCAGCCCUCUUCAGAUAGAGAUUCAUGUCACGCCUUUUAAUUAUUCCGAUGGCAAAUUGAUGCCAACUGAAGAGAAUCCAUCAGUAUGGAUCACACCACUAACUCAGCCCAAAUUGCCGCCAGCAUAUAAGAAUCAAAGAAAAGAACUAAAAAUAGGAGAAAAAGUUUAUCGGUGGGAGAGUUCACCAAGUCUACCUAAUGUUAAACCUAAUCAGUAUAUUGAGUUCAAACAAUCUUCUAUUCAUUCUGAUGUUGGUCAGAGCACAAUACCUUUCAUGGACUCUCGACCUACUGCACCUUCUAGUCCUAUAGCAUUUGAUGGACUUGGUCUCAUGUACAGAGGUCAUGAGAAAUUCGGAGGAUUUGUUCUUUUCAAAGCGAUGACCAUGGACUUGACCCAUUACAUGGAUUCAUCAAUGACUGUUCAACAAGAGAGAUACUACGCUAAUCAUGUUCGCAAAUCUUUACCAGUUUUGCCGAAUAAGAAAUUAAACAAGCAAUAAUUCUAUAAUGUGCAAUAGUUAAAUUUCUUUAAUUUUCUAGUAACUAGCUCAGACGUAAGCAUUUUUAUUAGACUUACGUACGUUUUUUUACUUCUUGCAUAGGAUUGCUAAUCAUUAUCCGGCGUUAAAUUUCCAGACGACAAUCUUAUAUCUAUGUGCUUCAAAAAAUUGGCAGAAAUAUACGUAAAUGACCGAAGUCUCUAAAUCGGACGAUAAUCUUACGUUGAUUUGGUUACUAGACUUAGUUAAAGACAUGAAAUGAUCACUUUUUCCGAUGAUCUCAAGUUUACUUGUUGUUUAACGAUCUGAUUAAUAAAAUAAUAAUUUAAUUCUUCAUGAUUUGGAAA